AUGGCAACAAACUCGUCGUUUUCUCAAAAAGUACUCAAGUGCCGUGGCCGUGCUUGUGCCAAAUGUGGUUACUGCCGCGAUUGGUACUGGAGUCCUCAGGGUAAGACGAAGAGUUAUACAAAGCGUCUUGAUGCCAACUGCACGGCUAGUUAUUGUUAUGGUCGUUCUGGUUAUGGCCCUGGUUGUGGUGGCUGUUGUCUUUGUAUUCUUGCUCGUUUUUGGUGUGUUAAUUGUUGUGUUCAUCAAUAUUAUGGUGGUGAUGGUUAUGGCCAUGGUGCUGGUCUUCCUCUGGAUGGUUAUCUUACUGGUGGUAUUAAUCAUCACAUUGAAAAGCUUGCUGGUGUUGAUUUUGAUGCACGUCAUAAUCGUAAUGUUAAUGCUGGAGUUGCUGAUAUUUUUCUUGGCGGUGCUGCUAGUUUUGCUUCUGGUAUUGCUGAUUUGAGUGAUGGUACUUUAAAGGCUCGUAUUGCUCUUGCUCGUACUCAUCAUGAUGAUGGUCGUUUGUGUGAGUGCAAUGAGAACCAGCAGUAA